AUGUCGAACAGCCGCCAAAUCUCAAGUCCUCGCCGACUUCCUUGUCGAACUCACGCCAGAUCUUGCACAAGACCUCGAUGUCCGAGUCCCAAUUGGAUUCUUCAUGUCGACGGAUCAUCGACGAGUAAAGGAUCCGGUGCUGGAGUCCAGCUUCAAUCGCCAACAGGAGAACUCAUCCGCCAGUCUUUCAGCUUCGGCUUCCCGGCCUCUAACAACGAGGCAGAGUAUGAAUCGUUGAUCGCCGGUCUUCGUCUCGCCCGAGCCGUCAAAGCCAAACGCUUGAGUGCUUAUUGCGACUCGCAGCUCGUCGCUAGCCAGUUUAGCGGCGACUACGAUGCUCGCAAUGAUAGAAUGGAUGCGUAUCUCCGAGUGGUUCAGGAGCUCGCUAGGGAAUUCGAUUUCUUCGAACUCACCAAGGUUCCUCGCGGAGAGAACGUUUGCGCCGAUGCCUUAGCCGCACUCGGGAGCAAACUCCACGAUCAGGUCAAAAGGACGAUACCCAUACAUCGGAUCGAUCGACCGAGCAUCGAUUCUUCCUCCGACCAAAGCUCUCUCAUCGCUCCAAUCUUUGCAACAACUCGACGAUCCCCACCCGAUCAAACCGACACUGAGAUGCCCGAUCGUGACGAUACCUCAGUCGAUUGGCGAGCCGAGUUCCUAGAUUAUCUCAUACGAGAAGAACUGCCGAGCGAUAAGUGGGCAGCGAGACGCCUGAAGAGACGCAGCGCCCACUACGUCAUCAUAAACGACGAACUUCACCGAGAGUGCGCGAACAAGGUUCUCUUAAAGUGCAUCCAGGGCGAUGAAGUACGCCGAGUAAUGGCUGAAACUCACGACGGAGCAGGAGGAAACCACUCGGGAGGCCGAGCACUCGCCCUUAAGGUUCGAAGCUUGGGAUUCUUUUGGCCGUCUAUGAACACUGACUGCGCGGCAUACGCUCGUCGGUGGGGGAUGGACAUCAUCGGGCCAAUGCCGAACUCGCGCCAACGUCGUUUCAUCCUGGUCCUCACCGAUUACUUCACUAAAUGGAUUGAAGCCGAAGCGUUCUCUCAGGUAACGGACAAGGAAGUCCGCACCUUCGUCUGGAAGAACAUCAUUUGCCGUCAUGGUUUGCCAUACGAGAUCAUAACGGACAAUGGCUCUCAGUUCAUGUCCGGAAACUUCAAAGAGUUCUGCAACAAGUGGAAUAUCCGUCUGAGCCCUUCGACUCCCGCUACCCGCAAGGAACGGACAGGCGGAAUCUUCCAACAAAAUUAUCAUCGAUGGAAUCAAGAAGCGACUCGACCUAAAGAAAGGCCAUUGGGCCGACGAGUGGACGGCGUCCUCUGGUCGCACCGAACGACUCCUCGCGGUGCGACCAAAUCCACCCCUUUCUCUCUUGCUUACGGGAUGGAAGCAAUGGCCCCCGCCGAAGUUAACGUGACGAGUCUUCGGCGCGCCAAGAUGCCACAGUUCGUCGAGCUUAAUCAAGAUAUGCUCCUCGAUGCCCUCGAUGAACUCGAGGAAAAACGUGAUCAGGCGCUUCUUCGGAUCCAAAAUUACCAGAACCAAAUCGAGAGCUACUAUAAUAAGAAGGUAAAAGCGCGCCCUCUCGAGCUCGGCGACCUCGUCCUCCGAAAAGUUUUCGACAACACGAAGGAGCUCAACGCUGGCAAGCUAGGACCAAUUGGGAGGACCUUACAAGAUCACCCGAGUCGUUCGACCAGGCGUCUACCGACUCGAGACUUCCCGCGGAGAGGCAGUCCCACGAGCCUGGAACUCGAUGCAUCUUCGCCUCUUCUACCAAUAGAAGCGCCUCAUCUUUUUCUCCCAAGCGAACGACCAGCAGGUCACUGUUCGCUUUAA